AAUGGGAAUAGAUUAUUACAACAUCCUCAAUCUGUCAAGGAGUGCUACCGAUGCUGACAUUAAGAAGCAAUACAGAAAAUUGUCACUACGUUACCAUCCACAUAAACAGCCCGGAGAUCAAGCAGCAUUUGAUAAAUUCAAGCAAGUUGCAGAGGCAUAUGAUGUUUUAUGUGAUCCUCCUAAGCGUGCUGUGUAUGAUCAGUUUGGAGAAGAAGGCUUAAAGAAUGGUGUACCUGAAGGAAGUGGGGAAACUGGUGCAUGGACUCAGGGUUACACAUUCCAUGGCAAUGCUGAUAAGGUUUUCAGAGACUUUUUUGGAGGAGACAAUCCAUAUCAAGAAUUUUAUGACCGAGUGGAUGGUGAUCUUAGCAUGGGAUUUGGAGGUCUGCAGGGUAGAGGCCGUAAGAAGCAAGAUCCUCCAAUUGAGAGAGAUUUAUUUUUGUCACUAGAAGAAGUUUUCCAUGGUUGCACAAAAAAGAUGAAGAUUUCAAGAAGGGUUAUGAACGAGGACGGCCAUACUUCAAGCAUUAGGGACAAAAUUCUAACAAUCACAGUGAAAAAGGGGUGGAAACCUGGCACAAAAAUCACUUUCCCAGAAGAAGGUGACCAGGGACCAAACAAUGUGCCAGCUGACAUUGUAUUCAUCGUAAAGGACAAACCCCAUCCUCGGUUCAGACGCAGUGGUGUGAAUCUUGUCCACACAGCCAAGGUACCUCUUGGUAAAGCUCUCACAGGCUGUGAUGUGGAAAUAACUACUCUAGAUGAGCGUGUACUACACAUCCCUAUCAAUGACAUCAUCAAGCCUGGAUACACAAAGAGAGUCCCCACAGAAGGCAUGCCAAUUUCACAAAACCAGUCACAGAAAGGUGACCUUGUGAUAGAAUUUGACAUUGAAUUUCCUACAUCCUUAACACCUGACAGGAAAGACAUGAUAAGGCGAUCACUCUUACAGUAGUGGUCAGCACAAAAUCCACAGACAGACAAAAAUAUUUCAAGAAAAAUCCUGUAUGAAUUCCAGACAAGAAAAGGAUCUGGAGAGCAUCAUAAAUGAGGAAAUAUCCAUUUGUG